AUGGGCUUUGGCCAAGAUCUUGUAGGCGAUAAUGAACUAUGGACCAUCGUAACGGACACUCCAUCCGUACGGCGUGGGAUGUCUCUAGCAGAAGAGGCCAGAAUUCGAAGAGAAGGAAUCAGAUUAAUAAUGGAACAAAGCUUGGCCUACUAUAGGAACCGCUUCAAUCUAUUUCCACCGGUUCUAUAUGUUUCAUACAUUGCAGGAGUUCCGCGUGAAAUUGUCGCGAUGGGUUGCCUAUUCCUUGCUGGCAAAGUGUCGGAGACUCCAAAAAAGUGCAAGGAUAUCGUAACUGCCGCUCAAAACGUCUUCCCUACAGUGUACGGGAAUAAAAAUAGAAACACUUUUGUUGACGAAAUUAUGGGUAUCGAGCGUGUCCUCUUGCAGACAAUGAAAUUCGACCUCCAAGUUGACUUACCUUAUCAAUAUCUCAUAGAUUAUUUAUUCAAGAAAUCAAUUCCCUUAGUUCACACUUCAUGGACUUUUGUAAACGAUAGUGCUUUUACGACAUUGUGCCUGAUUUGGGAGCCACAGGUGAUCGCUGUUGCCCUUCUCCACCUUGCGAUUACUGUUCGUAAAGUCAACAUCGGCCUCCCGGACUGUUGGUGGAAUGAGUACAUAGCAAAUUUGUCAAACAGCCUUAUAGAUGAUAUAUGUCAUAAGGUGCUGGACUUCUACUCCAUAUCGAAAGAAGAAAAAAUGGAUUUCAUGCCACCACGUCCCUUUAUUCUUGGUCAAACCCCCAUCAUGCCCGCAAAUACUGGGACAUCUUCUUGA